UUGAUGAGGUAGAGCGAACGUCCGCGCUCUUUGUGGCACUUUGUGCGCUCGAUCGGCGCCGUCGUUACACUAUCACAGGGAAUGGCGAUGGAAGCUGCAUUCUGCGAGCGGCGUAAUUCACGAUCCUUCUCAUCCAGCGCGUCCCUGAGUGCCGUCUUCUUCGAUUUGGACAAUACUCUCGUGGAAACCAGGAGAGCGGAUAGUCAGACUUGCCGCAAGUUGACUGAGGAAUUGAAUCGGGAAUAUGGGAUCCCGGAAGAUGCGUCCGCCAAGAUAACGGCCACGUAUUUGAAGCAAUUUAGAAAAUGUCCCGACAACGCGACUCUCACAUUGGAUGCGUGGCGUACCAUCCUCUGGAACAAAGCGCUGGGCUACAAGUAUUCGCAUCUAGCAAAAAAAGUUUACGAAAGAUGGCUCUAUUUAAGAUAUCACUACAUGAUGCUGGCGCCAAACACAGUUUCUAUGCUGCGUCAAUUCAGGAAGAAAUAUCUACUGGGUCUGAUCACCAACGGACCGUCGAACGCUCAGUGGGAGAAGAUACAGAAGCUGUCAUUGGAGCAAUACUUUGAUAUUAUCCUAGUAUCCGGUGAUCUACCGUGGGAGAAACCAGAAGCAGAGAUAUUUCAAAAGGCGUGCCAUUUUCUUAAAGUAAGACCCGAGGAGUGCAUCAUGGUCGGUGACAAGUUGGAGACUGAUAUUUUAGGUGGAAUCGAGGCUGGAUUGUACGGAACAAUAUGGAUACCUACCACGGAUAAACCUCGUCUCUCGGUGGACGAUCCUAAACCAGAUUUUACAAUAAGACACGUAACAGAACUCCUCCGCAUAUUGGAGAGAGGUCCAAACGCGCCGGAACUCGAAGACUGUUCUUCAAAUGGAUCUGAUGGCAGCUAAUGAGGAGAUGCAUAUUAUAUAAAUUUUUUUUUUUUUUUUUAUGGA